AUUCAUCUCUCUCUAUCUCUCUCCUCUAUAUAUAGUUUGCAUGCAAAAGGCAGAGAUUGAGAGAGAGAGAGAGAAAUAAGAAUUAUCAACCACCACCUGAAUCGGAACCAACUCUGGAUCAUCGAUACUUUCUUUCUUUCUUCUUCUUCCAAAAGAAAGAAAGAAAGAAAUCAAGAAAGAAAGAGAAGAGAAGUGAGUUGACUCGGCAAAAGUCGUUUCAAUUUCAUCGAGGAUUCUUCUUUGGCCAAUGAAAUUGAAUAGAGAUAGACCUACUAAUAAUAAUAACAUCUUUAACCAUGGAGAUUUCUACGAUUGCAAUCUUCACGAUGAUGUAGCCACGACCAAUCGGGACAAAAAGGAAUUCAAGUUUUUCUUAUCAUCGCCACCGCCGCCGCCGUCCUCGUCUUCCCCCACUCUCUCGUCGCCCACCUCAUGUUCCCCCAACGGAAGCAUUACUGGAUGUAAUCAGCAGAUACAACAUCGCGUCUCCAAGAUGGAUACACUUGCCGGCAUUGCAAUUAUGUACGGUGUUGAGGUGACAGAUAUUAAAAGAAUAAAUGGAUUGAUGACAGAUAGACAAAUGUUUGCUCUCAAGUCAAUCCUUAUACCAUUGCCAGGAAAACACUCUCCAUCUCCAUCAUUGUCAAAAUGUCUUGAUGAUCAAUGUGUGGAUAGAUCAUCAGAAGAGGCGGCAGCCCCAGCAGCUAGCAAUAGGUACUCAGAUUUGUUAAGAUCAUCAUUCCAAUCGUCAAAACUAAACUCAAUAUCUCCUGAACGAGAGGUUUCUCCAGCUAUGACUAUCCUACAAAACUUUUACGCCAUUAACUCAACACAAGAGAAAUCUGUAACACACAACAACAACAACAACAACAAGAAGGAAUGUUCUGAUCAGUAUGACACUGAUCAAUCUCGUUGUUCCAAUCAAUACUCGAUGACCCAUCAACGAAGAUCCAAAAGCAUAGGUUACAAUCUGUCUGAAAAUGGAAAACUGAGUGAUGAUGAUAUGGCAGUUACUUCCGACUCCAAUACCAAAAUCCUGUCAGACAAGUUAUUAAGAAGGCGUCAAUCAUCCGUUGCAGAUUUUGGACCGUUGAAAGAAGACUGCAGAAACACUGGUCUGGCUCUUAGAUCGAAAGCAGCAGCUGCCAGUCGAAUCAUGGAACCAUCUGAUGUGGGUCGGAGUCCUAUUAUAAGCUUGGGAAACUGUACUUCUAGUGCAGCAGAUUUGUAUAAUACUAAUAAUGAGGUAAGGAAGUCUUGUAGUUUGUCAAGUUUUCAGGAACAAGAUAACAACAACAGUUCAUCUUCUUCAUCAUCAAUGUGGUCGACAUCAAAAUGGAGAUUAAAAUCAGACUUACAAGCAUUUUCUACUGCUGCUAUUUCAAGACCUAUCUUUGAUGGCUUGCCAAAGCCAAUAGUUGGAAGAAGAAAUAAAGCAGCAAUUGAUUAAGUACUCUGUAUGUUGCCUCUAUCACAACCCUUUAUUUAUUUAUAUUUCAUCUUUCUGCAUAUACAAAGUUUGAUUAGUCUCUUAUUUCUUAUAUUGUAUAUAGUCAGAUUUUUAAAAUUCUAAUUUUUAUUUAUUAUCAUUAAAUUUCUA